AUGGCUACUAUCAUUACUCUCAUCACAAAGCAGCAGCUGAUGAUCAUGACUAUCGUGUGUUUUUGCGUUCCCUUGGCGGUCAGUGGCCGUCAGCCUUACCCUAGAUGCAAGUUUAGUCGGAUUUACCAAUGCGGAGACUCGAUUUCUGACACCGGAAAUAUGGCCAAAGAAAUUCCCUCCAUACCCUUUGCAAAGCUACCAUAUGGUCAAGACUUCCCCGGUGGACCCACGGGUCGUUGUUCAAAUGGCUUUCUUAUCAUCGACUAUAUAGCAAGGGCGGCAGGACAUCCGUUGCUGCCACCGUACCAAGAUACAACAGCCGAUUUUAGCCAUGGAGUCAACUUUGCAGUGGCUGGGGCCACCGCUUUGUCACCGCAGGCGUUGGCCAGCAAAAAUAUUCGUUCCGGGAUGACAGGAAACUCUCUUGAUGUCCAAUUGGAAUGGAUGUCCUCUCAUUUGAACUCCACUUGUUCCAAUCGCGCAGAUUGUGCCAACAAACUACGGAAUGCGCUCUUUUUGGUAGGAGAAAUCGGUGGAAAUGAUUACAAUUACGCAAUUUUCAGAAAAAAUAUGGACGAGAUGAGAGGGAUGGUGCCCGAUGUGGUCGAUGCCAUUCUAAAUGGUGUUAGAAGAGUGAUCAGUUUUGGAGCUAAGAGAAUAGUGGUCCCCGGGAAUUUCCCCAUCGGUUGUCUCCCCGUAUACAAAGCAGCUUCCAACACCAACAAUCAGACAGCAUACGACCGAGAUGGAUGCGUCAAGCACCUGAAUAGGUUUGCGGCUUACCACAAUCAACAGCUGCAGCAAGGCAUCCAGAGACUGAUCGAUCAAGAACAUCCAAACGCCAUCAUCCUCUACGCAGAUUACUACAACGCUUACAAGUACGCACUCCGAUACUCCACAGUAAAAGGUUAUGAGACCGAGAAAGUUUGUUGUGGGGCAGGGUGGAUGUGUGGAGUAGGUGCUCCCGUUUGCGCGAAUCCUGAUACAUACUUGAGUUGGGACGGGAUCCACAUGACCCAAGAGUGUUACAAGUUAAUGGCUUCCUGGUUGAUUCCCAAACUCUUCGGCAAGCUUAAAUGUGAUUUCUAG